UUUCAAUAGAGUUUUCCAGAAAAUACCGAAUUCAUAACAUAAAAGCAUUAAUAAAUUAAAAUCGCACUUUCACGAAUUCUUAAUAAAGGUCUGAUUUGAAAAAUAAAAUAAUGACUGUGGAUCAGGGAGUCGAUAUUACAAAGAAUGGAGAUCGUGGAGUCCUAAAACGCAUUACCAGGGAAGGAGAGGGUACCGAAACUCCUAACCAAGGAUGCCAUGUGAGUGUGCAUUAUGUUGGGACACUACUAGAUGGUACCAAGUUUGAUUCCAGCAGGGACAGAAACGAACCGUUCGAAUUUUGUUUGGGCAAAGAUGGUGUAAUAGAAGCAUGGAAAAUUGGUGUACCUACAAUGAAGAAGGGUGAAGUUUGCAUUCUGACUUGUGCUCCUGAAUAUGCCUACGGAGCAAGUGGCAGCCCACCAAAAAUACCUCCAAAUGCAACGUUGCAGUUUGAGAUUGAAAUGAUUGAUUGGAGAUUGGAAGAUCUUAGUCCUACCAAGAACAAAGGCAUACUGCGCCAUAUCCUCGAAGCUGGUACAGGUCUUGACAGCCCCAACGAUGGUGCAUUGGUCACAGUUGAACUAGAAGGGAGACUGCAAGGUGAUAGCAAAAUAUUCGAUCAGAGAACAGUAACAUUUUCACUCGGUGAAGGUACCGAACACAAUAUAUGCGAAGGUAUAGAACGAGCUCUAGAGAAAUUUUUGAAAGAUGAGAAAUCCCGGUUAAUUAUCCAGCCUAAAUAUGCCUUUAAGUCCGAAGGGAAUUCAGAAUUGGGUGUCCCGCCUAAUUCUGUCGUAGAAUAUGUAGUCAAAUUGAACAAUUUUGAAAGAGCCAAAGACUCUUGGUCAAUGGACGGAAAUGAAAAACUGGAGCAAGCUAAGAUCUUUAAGGAGAAAGGAACAAACUAUUUCAAACAGAACAAAUUUCAGUUAGCCAUCAAAACGUAUAAGCGGGCCGUGUCUUUUGUUGAUGAUAUCCCCGAAGAUGUUGGUGAAACGGCUGAAAACAAAACAAAAGCUACUGAAAUACUCCUGUCAGUUCAUCUGAACCUCGCUCUAGUUUACUUGAAGGUGACUCCAAUCCACCACUUCGAAGCGAAAGACCAUGCGACCAAAGCCCUGAAAUUUGACGAGAAUAAUGUCAAAGGCCUUUUUAGGAGAGGUCAGGCUCUGCUCGGACUGGGAGAAGCAGAUUUGGCACUAAAAGACUUCCAAAAGAUUAUUGAAAUUGAACCACAGAACAAAGCAGCUGCCAAUCAGAUAAUAGUCUGUAGAGCUGCAAUAGAGAAACAGAAGAGGAAAGAGAAGCAGCUGUACGCGAAUAUGUUCGACAAGUUUGCGAAGCACGACAACGAGGUGGAGAGACAAAGAGCUAAAGCGGAGAUAGACGUGAUAGGGGAGAAAGUGGGGGAGUGGGGGAUCGGUGAAGGGGAGUGGACAGACGAACAACGUCACAGGAAACCUACAGAAUUCGAAAAGGAAAACCCUAACAUUCUCAUGUUAAACCGAGACGGACAGUUCGAGAACAUGUAAACAAAACUGAUGUAUCGCAGCCUUGGCAAAGUCGUGGUGUUAUAAUUUCAUCCAUAACUUGCUACCUCAAUACGGCACGUGGAAGUCAAGCACGUGGGACACCUGAUGGAUCAACUAUUUAUUGUCGCUUGUUAACGUCGGCCUACCAGUGGCUUGCUUACAAAAGCUCUAGCUUUUUCAUCUCAUGCAAUAUUACAAAACGGUUUCAAUGAAACUGUCACUCUUUAUGAUCUCGUUAGAAAGGUAUUGAUGUGUGUAACCAGACAACGACGGUCGACAACAUCACGACGUAACCUCUGAUACAUGGUGAGCAGAAUUAUAUAUAUUUUAAUAAAGUUAAUGUUUAUGAGAAAAAGUAUUUAAAUUUAUGAAUUAGUAAAGUGAUUUAAAAGCAAUAUUAGUGCAAUAAUUUUAUUGUAACUUAAUUUAAGUCGUAGCUGGGAGAAUAUUUUGGUUAAGCAUUAAUGUUAUGUCAAUAGUAACCAAUAAUAAUAGCCUUUGACUGAUACUAAAUUAACUUAGCGUGAAAACUUAUAUCUUAACAAAGAACAAUCUUAGAACAAUUUAGAUGUUUUGAUAACAUAUAAACAAUAAUAUUUAAAAUGUCAAACGUUUAAAAAUAUAACUUCUAAUAUGUAUUUUGGGAUUGACAAAAAACAGAAUUUAGUACAAUAAACAUAUAUAUGUAUACUAUGUACCCUUAAUUUUUUAAACUUUAAUUGCUUUUAGACUGCCUCAAUUGUUCUCGAUAGGGCAGUGAUUUAUCAGGCUUCAAUUAUUCUCAGAACACAGUGAUUAAAUACUUAAAAAUGAAUACCUACUUAAAAAUGCAAUUGGUUGUAAGACGUAACAACGAAUUUCGAUCAGCUUGUGACAAUACUGAAUGAAGUAAAUGAUCUAAUGUGAAAAAAAACCUUAUAUUGUAUUAGAAAUUACAAAUGUCAAUGAAUGAAAUACAUUUUAAUGUAAGAAGUAGAUUUUACAAAACGUUUUGCCAUAAAGAUGCCUUUUAUUAUUAUUUAGAAGUAAACAUAAUUAUAUUACGCACACUUUAGAUAUAGUUUAGAUUAUAUGUAAUGCCUUAACUAAUAUAUAUAUAGCCUAGAUUAAUUCAACACAUCCCUGUUGUAUGAAAAAUGUACAAAAAAGAAUAUAUAACUCUUAUAUUUAUAUAUUUAUAAAUUAUAAUUCUGCUCAUCAAUGUAUUUAAUCAGACAUUUCUGAUACAUUUCCGAACUGUACUGAAAGUUACUAAGUUAACUAUCUACAUAAAUAAGCGUUUGUUUAAACUAUUCUGGAAAGCGAACACAAACUCAGACGGACACAAAAAUAAAACAUGAAUUUAAUUAAAUGUACCAUUCCUCUCUGUUUUUUUGUUUUAGUUGAGUCUUGUUUCUGAUAAUUUUUAAAUAAAUGAAUUCUGGCAAUUAUUUUAAUGUUAUCUAUCUUAAACUUACACUCGACAUAUUUUAUCAACAUAAUAUGUUAUGUCGACGUUAGCUUAAAGAAAGCUUUAACGAAUAUCUAGAUGAGUCUCCGCUAGAAGGUACAGGGUUAAAAAACUUAUUAAAAUGACUCGCAUUUCUACUGAAGUAUAUAAUAAUAUGUACAUUAGAACCCAGUUCGAACGCAUACAUCUUGUAUUGUUUGUAACUAAAUGAGUAUUCUCCUCUAACGCUGGCCUUAAGAGAGAGAUGGAGAUAAUUCCCGAACAGUCACGGUCCUAGAAUGAGUAGCAACAAGUCAAUUUAAAAAUGAUUGUUCUGUUUGUCAAAUGGUUAAAUGACUGUUUAGUUUUGCUAGAUUUAUUACUGUAUGUACCUAGUUUGGGGGCAAUGUUAAAUUUGAAUAAAGCUUUUUAAGAGGCAA